UUAUGCUGGCAAUUCGCUUGUAUAUUGUCUCGCUGGAUAUGUCUAAAACUCCAUAGCUCCAUGUAUGUGUUGAUAAUGCAGCAGAUUGCACACAGCGAUGAAAUUCCAAUUUUCACAACAAUCUUUUUGGCAGAAAGAACAUUGUAAAUAUGCCAUUGUGGUCAAAGUAGAUUAAGAACAACCCAUUAUAUUCAGACCCUCGUGAUUUGCUUUGAUAGACUUUGUAUUGUGGAAAGGGUGUUCAUGUUGCUCCAGAACUAUUUUGAUAUUGUUUGUAAUAGAUGCAUUUCAAGGGGCACAAAAGAGUGAAAAUUCAAUUUGAAGGAGAAGAUUGUGAUAGCACGGCAAAUUCUGUGACUAAGCAUGACGUACCUAAAAAGAAGCAAGAAAAGGCCACAUCAAGGUUUAUGAGUGAUUCUGAUCCAUUUGGCAUUCCCAAGUUGCUGGAAGUGUUGGAUACAAGUCAAUUUGGAAGUAAGGCAAAAGAAAUAGAGGUGCUUUUUGCCCGAAGGGCACGGUUGCUGAACUAUGAUGUUGCAAUAAAUCAUAGGCUUCACGAUGCAUGUUCAGAAGUGCCAAAGAACCACUGUAAAGAGCCUUCUAAGUUGGUGGCACAUCAAAAUGUCAUUAAUUUAGAGGCUUCUAAUGGUGGCACUGCAAUAGCCUCGACUGUUAUAUAUCUUAGUUCAGAUGAUGAAGAGAGUGGACAAGGGACACGGUCUGCUCCGACAGUCAAAGAUCUUAGUUUAGAUGAUGAAGAGAAGGUACAAGGGACAAGCUCUGCUCCAAUCGUUAUGGAUGAUGAAGACAAUGGACAAGGAAGGCAUUCUCAUAUAUUUCAGGGGGUUGUGCCGGAGCCUGUCGGGGGACUUCUCAUGAAGGACUCCAUGGAUCGUUUAAAGAGCAUGGUCAGUAAAGUUGAUAUUAGGAUAGAUAAAGGUGGGAAUGUUGAUGAAGGAGUUGUACUCGUUGAGGAAGGUGGGAAUGUUGAUGCAGGAAAUGUACUCGUUGAGGAAGGUGGGAAUGUUGAUGCAGGAGAUGUACUCAUUGAGGAAGACAGUCGCCGAUCAUUUCAGGAAAAAGAAAGUAAUUAUGCAACUGAUACUGAAGAUGAUGGGCUGGAAGAUAUACAAAUCAAAGCCCCAAGCAAAGAGGUGAGAAACACAGCUGGCGAAAAUGAUAUCACGAUAGAUAAAGGUGGAUAUGUUGGCUCAGGAGAUGAUGUGAUGAUUGAGGAAGACGACCACCAAAUCGAUCAGAAACAAGAACACAAUCUUCAAACGGAUAUUGAAGAUGAUGAUAUUGCGAGUAUAUGGAAGGAGAUGGCAUUCACAUUAGAAUGUUCCAAGAACAUUGCGAUUGAUCCUUCAACCGAUGAACACACGGGAGGAGACGAGGAACAGUGUAAUCAUUCUUUGGUCCUAAGGGAUGAUGUUGGUUAUGUUUGUCGCAUUUGUGGACUUGUUGACAAAGGAAUAGAAACUAUUUUUGAGUUCCAAUAUAGUAAGGUCAAAAAGACUACACGAACUUAUGCGAGUGAUGCUCAGAAUUCCAAAAAGAUAGGGUCAACUGGGAGUAUGCCACUUGGAGUUGGGUCUUCUAAUGAUGAUCUAAUGCCGAGUGAAAUUUCUGUUCACCCUAGGCAUAGGAGGCAAAUGAAACACCAUCAAGUGGAGGGUUUCAAUUUUCUCUGUGGCAACCUGCUAACAGAUAAACCAGGAGGCUGCAUUUUGGCCCAUGCUCCUGGUUCUGGAAAGACAUUUAUGAUUAUAACUUUUAUUCAGAGUUUCCUAGCCAGGUAUCCCCGUGCUAGGCCUCUGGUUAUUCUACCUAAAGGCAUCUUGGGUACUUGGAAGAAAGAGUUCAAAACGUGGCAAGUUGAGGACAUUCUGUUACUUGAUUUUUAUACUUCAAAAGCAGAGAAUCGAUCUCAGCAGCUGGAUGUAUUCAGACAAUGGGUAAAGCAGAAGAGCAUUCUAUUUCUUGGGUAUAAGCAGUUCUCUUCCAUUGUUUGUGACUGUGGGACUAGCAAGGUGGUGGCUGAUUGUCAGGAAAUGCUACUCAAGGUCCCAUCCAUUCUUAUCUUAGAUGAAGGUCACACUCCAAGAAAUGAGGACACUGAUAUGGUUCAGUCGCUUGCAAAGGUUGAAACACAUCUUAAAGUUGUUCUGUCGGGUACUCUUUAUCAAAACCAUGUGAGAGAGGUAUUCAAUGUUCUGAAUCUUGUUCGUCCAAAGUUUUUGAGAUUGCCAACUUCCCGACAUGUCGUUAAUCGCAUCAUGUCCAAAGUACAGAUAUCAGGUGUGAGGAAGCAAUUAAAAACCAGCAUGGAUUCAGCUUUCUUUGACCUAGUAGAGCACGCGCUACAACAGAAGGAUGAAAACUUCAAGAGAAAAGCAGCAAUCAUACAAGAUCUCCGUGAGAUGACCAGCCAAGUCCUCCAUUACUACAAAGGAGAUUUCCUAGAUGAGCUUCCUGGACUUGUUGAUUUCACUGUAAUACUCAAUCUCAGUGCAAGACAGAAAAUUGAGGUUGAAAAGGUGAGGGAGUUGGCUAAAUUCAGAAGAAGUUCUGUGGGAAGUCUUGUCUAUAUGCAUCCACAGUUGAAAUAUUUUUCGGAGAAAUAUCCAACAACUGGAGAAAGAAGCUCUUUUGAUGAGGAUAGGCUAGAUGAAAUGUUAGAAAAACUAAAUGUGAGAGAUGGAGUAAAAGUUCAGUUCUUUCUCAAAAUACUGGGCCUAUGUGAAUCAGCUGGCGAGAAGCUACUGGUUUUUAGCCAAUAUCUCCUGCCACUGAAACUCUUGGAGAGAUUAUCAAUGAAACUAAAGGGUUGGAGUCCUGAAAAAGAAUCUUUCAUGGUAACAGGUGAUUCAAACUCUGAGCAUAGGGAGAGGUCCAUGGAACGCUUUAAUAGUUCUACGGAUGCUAAAGUCUUCUUUGGAUCAAUCAAAGCAUGUGGGGAAGGAAUCUCUCUAGUGGGGGCAUCUCGCAUCUUAAUUUUGGAUGUUCAUCUUAACCCAUCAGUAAGCCGCCAAGCGAUAGGCCGUGCAUUCCGACCAGGUCAAAAAAGAAAAGUGUACGCUUACAGAUUGGUUGCUUCUGAUUCACCUGAAGAGGAGGAUCACCAAACAUGCUUCAGAAAGGAGUUGAUUUCGAAGAUGUGGUUUGAGUGGAAUGAGAGCUGUGGGCAUGACGAUUUCGAAAUGAAGACUGUUGGUGUGAAUGAUUGUGGUGAUCCCUUCUUGGAAAGUCAGUCAUUGCAGGAAGAUAUAAAGCUUUUGUUCAAAAGGUAAAUCAUCAUGACAUUGGUAUAAGGUGCUUCAAUGUAUGUAUAUAGUCUCAAGUCUUUCUCCUGGGUGACUUUGAAGCUUCAUGUUCUUCACCAGUUUUCAUCUCAAGUCAGUUUAUCAAUGUUGUUUUUUGGAAAUUAUAGGGUUCUUUUUGUUAUACUUGUGCUUCUAGUUUCAUCCUGUAAGCUAGUAGCAACCUUUGUCAAACUUAUCCAAAUUGAAGGUUGGACAGGGGACAAAAGCAUUUACAAGAUA